AUAUGUACCUGACAACAAAGUGAAUAUUCUGGGGGAAAAACGGGGGACAAAUGGCGUUUCUUUAUGUGUCUACUAGUAGAUUUUGAAAAAAGAAAAAUACAUUCUUUUUCCCAGGCUUACAUUUUUUCCCUGCUCAAAGGCAUUUGAGAGGGGGCAUUUUACACAAAUUAAACAUGCUGCUCUGCUUCGCCCUAUAAGCAUCCUAGGAGCCAGUACUUCCCAAUCAGUUCAGUCAAACUGAGGCGCAGCGUGCGUGAGCGUGGAAACCUUCGCUCCCGCUUUAUUUCAGGAUAUUGGGGGAUCUCUCUACCAUGUCAUAUCCACAAUUUGGAUAUCCUUAUUCGCCUGCUCCACAAUUCCUGAUGACAACCAACUCUUUAACUACUUGUUGUGAGUCCACGGGCAGAUCCAUAGCCGACUCCGGGGUAGCGGCAUCUGGUCAGACUCCAGUCUACUGUCCCGUGUAUGAGAGCCGGCUGCUGGCCACGGCAAGACACGAGCUGAGCUCCGCCGCAGCGCUGGGCGUGUACGGGAGCCACUACACAGGCAGCCAAGGCUAUGGGAAUUACGUUGCAUACGGCACGGACGCAUCCGCCUUCUACUCGCUGGGCACAUUUGAUACUAAAGAAGCUACAGCAUCUGCACAUGCAGGGAUAACCCAGGCAACUGCCUAUUAUCCUUAUGAUCCAACCUUGGGGCAGUAUCAAUAUGACAGGUAUGGCUCCAUGGAUGGAGGAACGAGGCGUAAGAACGCCACGCGUGAGACGACCAGCACCCUGAAGGCCUGGCUGCAGGAACACAGGAAGAACCCCUAUCCAACAAAAGGAGAAAAGAUCAUGUUGGCCAUCAUCACCAAAAUGACCCUAACGCAGGUCUCCACCUGGUUUGCCAAUGCCAGGAGAAGGCUCAAAAAGGAGAACAAGAUGACGUGGCCCCCCAGGAACAAGGGUUCAGAGGAGAAGAGAUAUGACGAUGAUGAAGAUGGCUCGCAGGAAGAGCAGAUAAAAAGCGAGAACAAUGAUGAUGAAACUAGAAGCCGGCCAGAUAAGGACUUGCAGCUGAGCGAUCUGGAUGAUUUUGACGCACUGGAGUCGGAAAACUCCGAGUGUGAGCUGAAGCACCGAUACCAUCUGAACACGCACAUGUCCACGACCACGACCGACUGCCCCGCCGAGCACCUGGUCAAGAACGCCCCCUCUCUGAAACUCCCCAUCCCCGUUUCCCUCGGAGGGGAGCAGGACUUGAGCAAAAGUUGCCUCAAAACGAACCCGGAUGAGCUGCAGGCGGACAGCAGACAGCAGGCGAAGCCGUGUUAUAACCAGCAGCAGCAGAUAAUGGAUGGGAAACCUCGGAUCUGGUCUUUGGCCCAGACCGCCACUUCUCUAAACCAGACUGAAUACCCGUCCUGUAUGCUGAGGUGCCAGCCCCCCUCCCUGACCCCGUCCCCCGCCGCCACCUCACCCGUCACGGGCACAGACAACAGACAGGACUCCCCAGUCACCACGCUGAGAAACUGGGUGGACGGGGUUUUCCACGACCCCUUGUUCAGGCACAGCACCUUGAGCCAGGCACUGACCAACACCACCGUCUCUUGGACCACAAACACCAAAGGCGCCAUUCUGGAGGCAGAGAGGAGCGCAGCGGCCUUGCAGCAGCUGCAAGAACCCCCCAAAGAUAGUGCCAUGAGCUUUCCAAAAACUAUCAACAAACUUUUCUGCUCCUAAUGUAACCAAAAUGACAUUUUCAGCAAAAAAAAA